AGAAAUAGCCCAACAGUGAUCAAGGCGGCAGUUUCUGUAGAGGAAAGUGAGGGGCAAAUGGGGCUCAUCAUCAACCUGGGAAGGGGACCUGCCUAGGAGAAGCCCAGGACCCCCAGACACAGUGCCCAGGCUUGCUCCCCCGGGGAGGUCACUUGGGUGCUGCUGACGCAGCAAGAACAACGCCGGAGGCAGCAGUUACAAGUUCACAGAAUCAUAGCAUUGUGGAGUCGGAAGGGACCCCAAGUGUCAUCUAGUCUGACCCCGCGCAAUGCAGAGGUUACGGGUCGGUGCGCGAUUUGACUUCCCCUCCGGAGGUGACAGACGAAUGCCAAGAACCGGGGGAAGGAGAACACAGCCCUCCUGCCUAGCAGCCCCUGAAUUUGUGAAAAACCCCACGCAUUUGUGCAAUCCUCUUUUAAGGACAUCCACACUGGCUGCAAAAGGGCGCGUGUGAUUUACAGGGAAGGGAGAACCUUGUGAAUUUUUGCAGAGGAAAACGUGCAAAAAAAAUUCUCUCUCCGUUCCAUCUUAAAGCACCUCGCCUGGGAAAUGAAACUACAAGCCCCGAAAUGCAACGCGCUUGGCAGGCGCCUGAAAACCGGAAACAGGUGGGGGGUGGCAAAAAUCCCCGCCUCCCUUCAAACCUUUUUUUAUUUUUAUUUUGCUUUGUCAUUGGCUGGCUGGCUGGCAAUCAGCUGGAAGUGCCGCUUGUGAUUGGCUGGGGGGUCUCACUCCUUCUUUGGUCUGCAAGAUCAGAAGUGCAGGGAAACUUACCUGCCUUGCUUGUCUCUUGAUUUGGGGGUGUUUUUUGCUCGGGACCCUAAAAAAAAAUGGCAGUGAUGGGGGUGCAGCUCGUGGUCUCCUUGCUGGUGGCCAGCAUCAUGCAGAAGAUGGCCCCUCACUGGUCCUUCGCCCGGUGGAUCCUCUGCAACGGAAGCCUGCGCCGGUUCAAACACCCCUCGGAAGAGGAGCUGCUCGCCCUGGCGGGGAAGCCCAGGCCAAAGGGGAAGAGGGAGCGGAAGAUCAAUGGCGUCACCGAGGAAAAGCCUUCCUCCGUCCCCCGGGAUAUUGACCUUCGCUUGGACAGCAGCCCCAUCACCGCCGUGGACGCUCUGGUGCUGUGCUAUUUCCUGGAAUAUCAGUGGUACGUGGACUUUGCAGCGUACGCCACCGGAAUCUAUGUCUUCACCGAAGGCUACUACUGCCUGGUUGACCCCCGGAAGGAAGCCAACAUUGGGAUCCUCUGGUGCUUGCUGGCCGUCAUCUUCUCCGUCAAAAUCUUUUUCACGGUGAUGACGCAUUACUUCCGAUCCAAGGAGGGGGGCGAGCGAUCGGUCUGCCUGGCCUUUGCUUUCUUCUUCCUCCUGGUCGCCAUGCUGGUCCUGGUCGUCCGCGAAGACUACCUUGAAUUUGGCCUCGACGCAGGGCUGAAUAGCGUCCAGGACAACUUGGAGGUCUUCCUGAAAGGGCAAGGCUGGGACUGGACGGUCCCCGUGACCAAGCUGACCGUCAAGCUCUGCCUGGUGGCCCUCUGCUCCUUCCUCGGCGCCUGCCUGACCUUCCCAGGGCUGCGGCUGGCGCAGACUCACCUGGAUGCCCUCAAGAUGGCCGCAGACCAGCCGGCGGUCCAGCUGCUCCUCCACGCCAGCUUCCUCGCACCCGUGGCCGUCGUGCUGAUGUGGGUCAAGCCCAUCUCCCGGGACCUCCUGCUCAACGCCCCCAUGGGGAAAGAGACCGUCCAAAUCCUUUCCAACGCUUCCUAUAAUUCGGUGCGCCUCUGGACCAUUGUAGCUCUGUGCCUCCUCCGCCUGGCUGUCGUGCGCUACCACCUGCAGGCCUACCUGAACCUCGCCGAGAGAUGGGUGGAGCAGAUGAAGAGGGAGGCCGGGAGGAUUGCCGUCCUGGAGAUCCAGCGGAAGAUCACCAGAAUCUACUGCUACGUGACUGUGGUCAGUUUGCAGUACCUGGCCCCAAUCCUGCUCACCUUGCACUGCACGUUCCUCCUCAAAACACUAGGCGACUAUUCCUGGGGGCUGUACCCAGAGCCCGCCCUGACCUCGCCAGCAGUGGAUGUGGUUUGUGCCCCCCAGGCCGCCCCCUCGAACGACGGGGGGACGGAGGACAUCCAGGCAGCGGUGGAGCAGAUCACGGGGGCCCUGGGGGCUUUCAGCACCGUCUUCACCCCACUUUUCUACCGGGGGCUUCUCUCUUUCUUCGCCUGGUGGGUGUCCGCCUGCCAGGUCAUCGCCACCCUCUUCGGCCUGUAUUUCCACCAGCACCUGGCUGCGUCCUAACUGCAGGCUUUCUGUGGGGAGCGCUCCCUGGACGGGACAAACCAGAAGACCACCCAACCCCUUUGGGGUGGGACUGGCGGGAGAGCAGGCCGUUGCAAUUGGUCAGUUCCUGGUCAGGGGGCCGCCAGCGUGGUAUUAUUGCGCUAUGCAGGCAGAGACCUUUUGAGAAAACUCUUCCACUGCCUGCUGCCAAUUUUGAUGGUCCACAGAGAGUUGGCGGGACUUCUGCAGGAGGAGUUUGGCUGCCCCACGGCCGGAUCCUGCACUAUCCGAUCUUUGUGUGUGCUGGGGAGAUUUACAACCGUGUUGCAGGCUGCUGAUUGGAGAAGCCAGCUGGCUGGGGAAUCUUAACUUUCAUCAAAAAAAAUUUUUUUUAAUGGUA